GGCUCGCGGACCCAAAAAGCAUUUGAAGCGUCUUAAUGCUCCCAAAGCAUGGAUGUUGGACAAGCUGGGCGGUGUAUAUGCGCCGAGACCCUCGACUGGUCCUCACAAACUUCGCGAGUGCUUGCCGCUGGUGAUUUUUCUACGCAAUCGGCUAAAGUAUGCGCUCACCGGUAAUGAGGUCCUCAAGAUUGUGAAGCAGCGGCUGAUCAAGGUGGACGGUAAAGUGAGGACAGACCCCACAUACCCCGCUGGCUUUAUGGAUGUUGUUUCCAUUGAGAAGACCAAUGAAUUGUUCCGCCUCAUCUAUGAUGUCAAAGGACGUUUCACUGUGCACCGUAUCACACCUGAAGAAGCUAAGUACAAGCUUUGCAAGGUGAAGCGUGUGUCCACUGGCCCGAAGAACGUGCCAUUCCUGGUGACACAUGAUGGACGUACCAUCCGUUACCCCGACCCACUCAUCAAAGUCAAUGACUCUGUGCAGCUUGACAUUGCCACAUCCAAGAUCAUGGACUUCAUUAAGUUUGAGUCAGGCAAUCUGUGCAUGAUCACUGGCGGUAGGAACUUGGGAAGAGUGGGCACCAUUGUGUCCCGUGAGAGGCAUCCCGGAUCAUUUGACAUUGUACAUAUUAAGGAUUCCACAGGUCACACCUUUGCCACCAGAUUAAACAACGUUUUCAUUAUCGGCAAGGGCACGAAGGCUUACAUCUCUCUCCCGCGCGGCAAGGGAGUGCGUCUCACCAUCGCAGAGGAACGAGACAAGCGCAUCGCCGCCAAGGUCGCGGGCCAAUAA